UUCUCAUUCCUAACUGACCCGAUAACUUCGAUAGACAACAACUGUUCUGUCAUCCCGCAAAACAGAAAAUUAGUAGAAAUUAUGAGCCUUAAUUACGAACAAAAUGCGGCAGACGAGCAGUUCGCCCGCUCACACAAGGCAGUCAGCCUGUCGGACGACGAUGAGAGCGAGGGUCCAGCUGAGUCCACGUCUGCCCGAAAUCAGGAGCCGCAUGCCAGUAAAUCACCCAGGGAGUUCUACGAUGAGCCUGGCGGGAAGGGUGAAGGAAGUGGGGCAGAUGACCAGGAGGAGCAGGAAACGGAAGCUGCCGGCGGAGCGGCCAACACACAUGUGGUGGCACACCACUACAACGAGCUGAAGGAGGCGGGCCGCAAGGAUCGUCAGAAAUCAAAGAUCUUCUUCAUGAGGAACUUUAACAACUGGAUCAAGAGUCAGCUGAUCAACGAGUACAUGUCGCAGAUCAAGCAGAACAAACGCAUGGGUGACGCUCUCAGAGUGCUGGACAUGUGCUGCGGCAAGGGCGGUGACCUGCUCAAAUGGGAGAAGGCUGCCAUCUCCCACCUCAUCUGCACGGACAUCGCCGAGGUGUCGGUGGAGCAGUGCCAGCGGCGGUAUCAGGACAUCCUGCAGCGAGCGGAGAAGUCAAAGUUUGCGAAUAAGUUUACCGCGGAGUUCUUUGCCUGCGACUCCACCUUGGUGCGCCUGCGGGAGCGGUAUAAGGAUCCUUCGCUUCAGCUGAACCUCGUGUCCUGCCAGUUUGCCUUUCACUAUUGCUUCGAGUCAAUGGCGCAGGCAGACUGCAUGAUGCGGAAUGCAGCCGAGUGUCUGAAACCGGGUGGCUUCUUCAUAGCCACAAUGCCGGAUGCCUACGAGAUCAUACGCAGGCUUAGGGCAGCCGGACCGGAUGCCCGGCGUUUCGGUAACGAUGUGUACAGCAUUGAAUUUGACUGCGAAACGGAUCCAUUGCCUCUUUUUGGAGCCAAGUAUCAAUUCCACUUGGAGGGCGUCGUCGAUUGUCCCGAGUUCCUGGUGCAUUUCCCCACGCUUGUCAAGCUUGGCAGGAAAUACGGUCUGCAGCUAUUGAGGCGCUCCACAUUUGCGGAUUACUACAAGGAAAGUCUCCCACACGGUCGACAUCUUCUGCAGCGAAUGUCCGGCUUGGAGUCGGUGCAGCCGCAGCGCUGCGAAAAUGAUGAACAGUUCACCCACGUGCGGAACUUCCAGGGAUCACAACGAAGCCGGACGCUGGGAACCCUUUCAAAAUCAGAGUGGGAAGCAGCAACUCUUUAUCUGGUUUGUGCCUUCAAGAAAUGUAAAAACACUUGGGACACAAAUGGCAAACCAUUGUUUGAAUUUGACGACUGAUUAUUGCCAAAUAAUUUCACGUUAUAGACCUUUUUUCUGUAUCCGUGGCUUAGCACUUUUAAAGUUUAUACUCGAAAUCAUGAACAGAUUUUUAUUUCUGAAAAGAUUAGCUCGUAAGUUAAAUUUUGUAGAAGUAAGGGUAUGUUUGUUUGUGUUCAUAGGUUUCAAUUUAAACAUUAUUGUCCAGUCUAAGAGAUAUUUAACAAAUAUACAGUUUUAAGAUUGUUUGCAACAGCCACCCAUCACGAAAUUGAAUUUAAAUCGAGAAUGUCCAGAUCAAUCAUGAAGCUUCUGCAUUUUUUAACUUUUGAUUCAGUACUAUAGUUAGAAGAAAUGUAUUUAUAGACAUUAUCCACAUAAAUUGUACACGCAUAUAAAUUCCUAGGCAAGCAGAUUUACUGUUUACGCAAUAUUUCAUAAGCAAAUCAGUUGUACAAAAAUAAACCAAUUUUAA